AUUCAACAUAGAGUAGAAGAAGAAGAAGUAGCGUCUAACGAAGAAGAAGAAGAAGAGACUGGGCAGUUCUUAUGCACAUGCCUGGAAGAGAUUUUUCACAGGAGCAGAAACGGUUUAUGUUUAUGUUGUUCCAAGUACAAAUUUAAGCUGAGCCAUGGCCAACAUUCAGAUUAGAAAGUACCGCGAUGAGGAUGCUGAGAGCGUCAAGGAGCUUUUCACCUUGGGGAUGAGUGAGCACGUCCCUUCGUCCUUCACUCACGUCCUAAAACAGCCACUGACCCAGAUGAUACUCAUGUGCUCCUUCUGCGCUCUCAUCACCAGCUCCAAGUCCUUCUUGCUACCCAUCCUGGCUCUCACGCUCUUCCUGGCUGGAGUCCGACAGAUGGUCGUCUACAUGUUUAACAAAUACAUAGAAACAUGCCUCAGUAAGGACCUCAACAACAUCGGCCAGACCUACCUGCAGCAGAAGGAGUCCUGUUUCUGGGUGGCCGAAAGCGAGGGCCAGGUGGUCGGGACGGUGGCCUGCCUCCCUGCUGAGAAUGCACACGCGUGUUUGGAGCUGAAGCGCAUGUCGGUGCGGCGCAGUCAUCGAGGGAUGGGAAUCGCCAAGGCUCUAUGUCGGACGGUAGCGGAAUUCACUCAAGAGAGAGGUUUUGCAGCCGUCAUCCUUUACACCUCAGUGGUGCAGACUGAUGCUCAGAAGCUGUACGAACACAUGGGUUACACAAAGACGAGAGAGUUCGUUGUGCCAGAGUUACCGGCUAAAAUCUUAAACUUUACGCUGUUGGAGUACAGACUGGAUUUGCAGCAAAAAUAGGGGACACGAACAAAAUCUGAUGUGGACCAAAACCAUUAAUACAUACCAAGAUGAACAAAGAAAGCCGUUUCCACACCACUACUGCAGUACAAACACCCCAGAGAUUGAUAAUUUUCAGUUUAUCAAUGCUGUAACUAAAAAAAAUCCUCUAAAAGUCCAUUAACACAGACUGGGUGUCGGCAGUAAGCGACAGUUUUAAUUUAGUCUUAGAAGGACUGCAGGUUGUCCUACCUUACCUCCAGCACAGAGCCCAGUCUGUCACUGUCCACUUUCCAUCAUUGAUUCUCUCUGCACGGGUAGAUUUACAAGAAAGUACCGCCGAAUCCGACCACCAUCGGAUUGGCUCUGGAUGAACCAAAGUGGACUCUUUUCAAGUUACAGCUGUGCUUUUAUUGUAAAAUGCCACAAGAUCUUGACAGGAUAGGAGCAACAAUUUCAGCUUUAAACCUAAAUAUCUGGGAGGCUGAUAAAUUACAGAAAACUGUGAAACAAUCAUUCCACCAUAAGGUAAACACUGUUAUAUUCAAUGCCAGCAGAGGAAUGACAUAAGAUGUUAUGCAAUAAUAUAUAAUAUUCUGGAUGUCUGCUGGGACGGCAACAUCAUUGGCCCAAAUUAAAUAUAAUUCUAUCUUUGAAACCAAAUCAGCACAAAUGACAGUUUUACCUGCAGAAAUCAAGAGGCACUGAAAAAGUAGAUCAUUUUUAUUCAUUUCAGAGCAUAAUGGGGGGGAUAGUUGAUGUCUGGAUGAUCUAAAAAAAUUAAUAUCUGAAACAGAAGUAGCACAUAUGAUCUUUAUUUUAUUUAUUCAUUUUUACAAAUUAUGAUUUUUUUACUGCAGAAAUAUGCACUAAGGAACCACUAACUAUUCAGUCUAUUUGUAAAAUGUUUUCAUGUGGUUGGGGUCUCAGCUUCACGCUGCUCUAGCUGCUCCUCCUUGAUUAUGCGGUGCGGGAAGUAAACACUGCAUCUGAAAUGCAGAGCGGUGAACUCCCCACAGCUAUUCAGAAAUCACUGCCGUCACCGUGCUCGGUCUGAAUGCACUUUAAGGGGAGUUUCAAGGUUGUAUGUAGACUGAUGUUCAUGAAUAUAUUUUAAAAUAUGAAUCCCCAAUGCUUACUUUUUGGAACCUGUUCAGUCAGGAUGAGCAUUUCAUUCUUCACUCUUAUUUGAUUUUCAUUAAAAUAUGUUUUAAAACAUG